AAAAAGCUCAAUUGACGGUGUUUUCAGCUUAAACUCGAAGGAUUAUGCCAUCAAAAGUUCCCUCUGAGGCUUUAUCAUGGAUAAAUGUUCAAGUUAUUAUUCAUCCACUAGUUUUGCUGUCUGUUGUCGACGCGUUUAAUAGAGUAGCAUUAAAUACGUCUAAACGUGUUGUUGGUGUUCUUUUGGGGCAAAAAAAUGGGAAAAUUGUGAAUGUUGCAAAUAGUUUUGUUGUUCCAUUUGAAGAAGAUGAUAAGGAUCCUCAGGUGUGGUUUUUAGAUCAUAAUUAUAUGGAAUCAAUGAAUGAAAUGUUUAAAAAAAUUAAUGUAAGAGAGAAGAUGAUAGGAUGGUAUCAUACGGGGCCUAAAUUGAGAUCAUCAGAUAUUGAGAUUAACGAACUUUUCAAAAAAUAUAUUACCGAUCCUUUAUUAGUAAUUAUUAAUGUGAAGCCUCAAACGUUAGGUAUUCCUACAGAUGCAUAUUUUGUUGUCGAGGAGAUUAGAGAUGAUGGUACAACGACAUCUAAAACUUUUGUACAUGUUUCUUCAAGUAUUGAGGCGGAAGAAGUCGAAGAAAUUUGUGUUGAGCAUCUUCUUCGUGAUAUUAAAAACGCAGCUGUAGGGACUCUUUCAACACGGAUUACUAACCAGCUUCAUUCUCUUCGUGGAUUGAGUCAACGAUUGAACGAGAUUUCUCAAUAUCUUGGUAAAGUUCUUAAUAAAUCUCUUCCAAUCAACCAUAGAAUUCUUGAAAUUCUGCAAGAUAUUUUUAAUUUGAUUCCAAAUCUUUCUUCAUUUUUUCCAGAUAUAAAAAUGUCUAUUCAAGGAAAUGGCGAAAAAUAUGAUUAUAACAAUGAUUUAACCAAAGCUUUCUGUGUCAAGAUAAAUGAUCAAUUAAUGUGCAUUUAUUUAAGCAGUAUUAUACGUAGUGUAAUGUCAUUGCAUGAUCUUAUUGAUAACAAAAUUCAAAAUAAAGAUCGAAGUAAUGGAGUAGAAGUUUCAGAAGAUAAAACUGAUGAUAGAAAUAAAGAACAAGAGAAAAAGGAUGGAUUGUUAGAUGAUAAUAAAUAA